UACAUCUGGCUUUGAUGUUCUUUACAUUGUACUGACAAUUUUAUCCGGCUGUGAUUGGGUUUUGUAAUGGCUUUAAAAAACAGGGCAUAUUAUAUGUGAACUACAAGAUGAAAACCUAUUGACAGAAUUCAAGCUUAACCAUAACGACAAUGGAGGUUUGUGUAUGUACUGUGACCUUGAUUGCUUAAUAAUUACGUAUAGCCUACUGUGGAAAGAACCAGCACAACGGAUUUUUUCUUUUGGACUAAAUUAUUUAGUCUGCAGAAAAAGUGGUUGAAACUAUUUCAUGGUCCGUUGAUCAAUUUGCUACUUUCCAAAUAGUGUUUCGGUCUUUGGAGGAAUAGUGUAUGACGUAGCUAUACUGCGCAUGCAAACAAUAGAACAAAUUGAUAUUGUGAGGAAAUUAGUUGAUAUUACAAUUGCGAACGUAUUCAAGAACUGGCGUAAACACGAUGAAAAUGUAAAUCAUAAUUUGCUUGGAGUUGCUGCAAUUCCCUUUUGGAGUACCGCGCAUGCGCAGUGGGUCCCCUGUACCUUAUUAAUUUUUAAUGGCAAUGGCUGCGUUUCUCAUCUAAACAUCUCAUGCGAAACAACAAUUCUAUAAAUACGACAUUUCUUUGCACCUCUGACAAAAGGCGUUAUCGAUUUAGUAAUAGUAAUCGAUCGAUUGUGAUCUACGAAAAAUGGAUCGGCUGUAGAAUUUGAAGAUAGAAGAUCUGUCAUUUUUAACCCUUUGCAUUCCAUGAUCCACAAACAAUCGAGAAGAUGAUUCGUCAGGUGACCAACAACAAUGACUAUUGCAUGAGUGGCAGGCCGUCAUGCCUGGCAGAGGAUGGCCGACACCCCACCAGUCACUUUGACCUAUGCACUGCCCAGUCCAACAAGUUACCAAGCUCCCCGCCCCCUCCCUUGCAAAUGACCUUGCCCCCUCUGCCCCUGCCACCCCAGAACAACCUGAAACCCUGUCAGAGGCAGAAUGGCCUCAGUGAACCUCACCCCCAAGCUGUUGGAAUUACGAACAAUGAAAAGCCAGAGGACGCCAAGAAAAAGAAAAACCCGGGGAGGUCUGGAAGAAGAGGAAGACCUUCGGGGACCACUAAAUCGGCAGGUUACAGGACCAGCACAGGGAGGCCUCUAGGAACCACCAAGGCUGCCGGGUUCAAGACCAGCCCAGGGAGGCCCCUGGGAACGACCAAGGCUGCGGGAUAUAAGGUCAGCCCUGGUAGGCCCCCUGGCAGUAUCAAGACCCUGUCUCGCCUCAACAAACUAGGCUACGGUGCGUGUAGCGUCGCAGCAUUCCCCUACACUAUGAUGAACAAAGGCAGCCUCUGCGAACCCUCGUGCAAGGAAAAGGAGACCAACGAGUAAAGUCCUACUUCUCUCAUGGCUUGUUGGAGAAAUAAAAAGGCUGCAUGUCCUAAGUGCUGUCAAAUAGAGGGGUUGUUUGUACCAUUUCCCUGGUUGAGUAUACAGAUGUACUAUUACUGGCAUGUGCCUCCUCAGUGUGCAUGCUUCUAUCCAAACCGGAUUUCUUUGUAAUAUAGAGUAUAGCUUAUACACUACACUGAGUGGACAAAACAUAAGGAGCACCUUCCUAAUAUUGAGUUGCCCCCCCCCCCCCCCUUUGCCCUCAAUUCAUCAGUGCAUGGACUCUAUAAGGUGUCGAAAGCGUUCCACAGGGAUGCUGGCCCAUGUUGACUCCAAUGCUUCCCACAGUUGUGUCAAGUUGGCUGGGUGCCCUUUAGGUGGUGGACCAUUCUUGAGAAACACAGGGAAACUGUUGAGCGUGAAAAACAUAGCAGCUUUGCAGUUCUUGAUUACAAACCGGUGUGCCUGGCACCUACUACCAUACCCCGUUCAAAGGCACUUUGUCUUGGCCUUUCACCCUCUGAAUGGCACGCACACAUACACAAUCCAUGUCUCAAUUGUCUUUAAAAGUAUGUAAAAGACUUUAAAAAUCCUUCAUUAACCCAUCUCCUCCCCUUCAUCUACACUGAUUUCAAGUGGAUUUAACAAGUGACACCAAUAAGGGAUCGUAGCUUUCACCUGGAUUAGCCUGGUCAGUCUAGGUAAUGGAAAGAGCAGCUGUUCUGAAUGUUUUUUUAUUUUAUUCUCAGUGUAUGUGAUAUAGGUAUAGCUUAUACAUUAUGUGAUGGGGAAAUGUGGGUGUACAGUACACUAGAGUAGUUAUUGUUUCACAUGAGAAGGUAAACAUUAUCUUCCACUGAACUUCCUUCACAGAACUGUAAUCCACCUACAAUGAUUUCUGUUGAUCCAAUCUCUAUUGUUUGCAGUGUCUUUUCUCAAUUAACUAAUACAGUAUGAAUUUUAUGCUGAUGUUAACAGUAACAAACAAAAAAAACAGAACUGUUAGGAUGUUACGAGUCUACACUAGUUAAUCUAUAUUUGAAUUUGAACAUGGGGUAUAACAUUGUUGAUACAAACCACAGCAGAUGGCCAGUCUUUGUUGUUACUGGCAGAAUGGCUACGUAUUGAGGCUGUCCUACUAUGAAAUCUCUGUAGAUAGUUUUAUACUGUGAAAUGGCUAUUGUUUUUAAAUCAACAGAUCCUGGAGGUGCUAUGUAUCUCAGAAUGUAUUGACAUGGUUUCUAUUACGGCUGCAGAGCAAACUAUUGUUUCAUAUGAACCACUCUAUUAAUAGGUCUUACACGUGACUAACAUGGCCUGGGGGUGCGUUCAGCAGGACGUUGUUCAACGUUCAGAUAGAAAAACAGCAUGUAGAACAAACACGCCUUUCUGACAUGUAGAAUAAGGCAUUGUGUCAGCUCUUGUUUCUAUCUGCUAGGUUCCAGAACAUUUUAUUUCUAUCUGCUCGGUUCCAGAACAUUUUAUUUCUAUCUGCUCGGUUCCAGAACGUUUUAUUUCUAUCUGCUAGGUACCAGAACGUUUUAUUUCUAUCUGCUAGGUACCAGAACAUUUUAUUUCUAUCUGCUAGGUACCAGAACAUUUUAUUUCUAUCUGCUCGGUUCCAGAACGUUUUAUUUCUAUCUGCUCGGUUCCAGAACGUUUUAUUUCUAUCUGCUAGGUUCCAGAACGUUUUGACUACUGAAUGUGACCUGUUGCUGGUGUCACAGUGGUGUCUGUAUGUGUUGGUCUAGUACUACACCAAAUAUACCAGCACAAUUCCUCACAGGAAGAGAUCCUCCAGUCCGUUUCAUUGGGUUCCCUUCGUACUGAAACACAACAUUUUACACCAUUUUAAUUAUUAUUUGCCUUAUAAUUUGAAUAUCAGACAAUCAGCAACUAGGGUCUCCAUAGGUGCGGAGUGUUUACAUGUUACUUUGGAAUUAUUGAUCAUUUUUGAUAGCUAUGAUGAAUACACAUCAAUAUAGUACAUGUCACGUAAUCCCAAUUACAUAUUUACAUUACUAUGCAUUUAAAAUAAUAGAGGCAUACUUGCUUCGUAAGUUGUUUUUUUGUGUGCUGUGAUUUCUGAGGGGAACCUAUUGGAUGUUUUGGAGAAUCAAGGUAUUUUUGAGUAGGGGAUAUUUUUUUGGGGGAGGGACUUCUUAUGGGAAUGGCUGGGUUAUUGUGUUUUGUAAAUACCUGAAACAUUUCCUCUAACUUGGUCUUUUUCCCUGUUUUACCUCGGAGCAAGGAUGGUGUCAGCUGUCCUGUGUUGUCAGUGCAAUGUUUUGUGUUAUGAUUUAUUCUCUAUCACCAUCUUGAAGAAUAAUAAUAAUAACAACUUGUAUAGUGCUUUUCAAUACAGGUAACACAUUGCUUCACAUUAUAAAAUAAUACUAUUCUUUCAAAUAUGAUCAUGUUUAUUAUUGAAUUGUGUACAGCACUUGAGGCCUUCUCAUUGAAGACCCACACAAUAAUUUAUGCUUUGUCCAUUGGAGAGAUUAGUUGCAUUUGGAUGUAAAACAAAUGAUUCAUUUGUCAUUGAAUAAUGAUGACAUAGGGUACUACUAUGUUCAAAUCAAUCUACAGUGUUGUAUCAUCUUAACCAAAGAAUCAGAUGUUUUCUGCCUUCCAGUGUGAGAUGUUUAAGUAAAUGCAUGCUGGAGUAGCCCAUAACAACUAAUCAGAUAUUUUGAACAAAUAUAAAAAUGAAUCCUCUUAACAUAUAACAUUCUGUAACUUGUAUUUGGGAGAGAGAGAGAGAGAGAGAGAAGAAAAAACACGUAUUUAAAUCUGCUAUAUCUACUACAGGUAUAAUCAAUACAAUUGCUACUCAAUUUCUGUUUGAAGUUGUAUACAGUAUGUACCCUUGCGCAUCAAAGUUAUAUGCAUUAUAGUUUUUGAACACAGAAACAAUAGUUGCGUAUCUCGUCAAAAAGCGAAGAGCUUUUCAUUUUGCAUCGCAAUACAUUCAAAAGCCUUUUGCGUAGUGCUUAUGUAGCAAUGUUUUAUAUUACAUUCACUGUUUAUUGCCAUACAGUAUUCACAAUAUUAUAAUGUUCUACUGUGUCAUUACAUGUAUUGUAACAUACCAUUCCCUUUACUGCGAUGGGUUAGGUAUUGACAUUAUAAAAACUAAUGUUUGGUAAGAAAUAUAAAUAUAUUAGUUCAAGUUUACAAUGUUAUUUUAUGGUAUAACGGGGGGGGGGGGGAAUUGUACAUUCUGCUUUGGUGUUUUUGUGAAUAUUCUUGUUAUUCAUACAUAGGUUACACCCAUGUCUACAUAAGUGCUGGUUACAUAAGAGUAUACUUGAUUUCUAUACCAGAGUUCUCUAUUUGAAAUACUUCCUUCAUCACUCUGCUUGAAAUAUGUUUGUGAAACACAAAGCGUUUUAUCCACGUGGGUAUUCAUUUUAUUGCAUUCUGUCUGCAUCAAAGGUAAUAAUGCAUUUAUAACAUUGAGUUGGUUGCACUUCAGUCAUAGGACAUCUUGAACAUUUAUCCUGUCAACCAUUAAUCUUGUAUAUUUAUCUGAACCUUUAUCUUGUAUCAUUAGAGGCAAUCAUUUACUUGUAAUUACUUAGGCCUAUCACUGCAUCCAAUCAGUCAAAAAUAUGAAACUGACAUUUUUUUUUUUAGGUGAAAAAAACAAACAUGAAUGGCUGGGAAGAUUUGUUUAACCCAUUUUGGAAAUUGAUGAUCAUUAUUCAUAAUUUCUAUGUCAAACUGUUUACAUGGGGUUAUCUUUUACUGUCCCCCCCCCCCCACAGUUUCUGCUAGAUACCCGUGGAUCUGUUGCAAUAUCUUCUAGCAACUUAUUGCGACGACAAACUUCCUUCUCAGAACGUUUUACUUUCUUCUCAGAACGUUUUACUUUCUUCUCAGAACGUUUUACUUUCUUCUCAGAUCAUUUUAUUUUCUUCUCAGAACGUUUUACUUUCUUCUCAGAACGUUUUACUUUCUUCUCAGAUCAUUUUAUUUUCUUCUCAGAACGUUUUACUUUCUUCUCAGAACGUUUUACUUUCUUCUCAGAUCAUUUUAUUUUCUUCUCAGAAUGUUUUACUUUCUUCUCAGAACGUUUUACUUUCUUCUCAGAACGUUUUAUUUUCUUCUCAGAACGUUUUACUUUCUUCUCAGAACGUUUUACUUUCUUCUCAGAUCAUUUUAUUUUCUUCUCAGAACGUUUUACUUUCUUCUCAGAACGUUUUACUUUCUUCUCAGAUCAUUUUAUUUUCUUCUCAGAAUGUUUUAUUUCCUUCUUAGAACGUUUUACUUUCUUCUCAGAACAUUCAAGUAUUUAUUUCAAUGGAAUUGUAAGGCCCAUGCUACGAACACGUUGUAAUCACUAUGAUAGGAAUUUGUAUUAAUUGUUUUACUAUCCCUGCAUGAUUGUUGAGUGUUGAAAGUUGUGUAAUAAACUAAUUAUAAAUAUA